AUGAACGACAAAGCGAUUACAGAGAAAGAGUUAUUAGUAGCAAUAAAGGAUCUGCUGAAGAAGAAUGGUUAUUUGAGCAAAAUAAAUGCAGAGGUCCGAGCCCAAGUGACGGAGCUCCUUCAAGACCGUCAGGCGUCAGGGACUACGAAGACACCGCCCGCCCCAACAGACGAAGUACUGCUAGUCAACGAGCUGGUCAGAGAAUACCUGGAGUGGAACGGAUACCUGUAUACUACGUCUGUGAUGAUGUCCGAAGCUGCUAUGCCGAAGACGAAGAGGACCAGGGCAGAUCUAUGUGCUGAAGUGGGAGUAAAAGAUGAUGAGAAGUCUUCAGCCUUGCCCCUGCUGUCCAAUAUAGUGGCGGCAUACACCGAGAGAAUCAAAAGGAAGAUUAAUAAAAGCAAGAGAGAUGUUUGUUGA